CCAUUCGUGAUUGGGUAUUAAUCCCUAUAAUGAUUGUAAUGGUACUAGUUGGUGUAUUUAGAGAUCAGGUUACAGUAUUAUUAGGUGGUGGUGCUUCUACAAAAAAACCUGGUCUAAAAGCUAUUAGAGAAACACGAAUUUUAGCUCGUGGUGCUACAUUACGAAGUUAUGGGAAUCAUAUUCCAUUAGCUUCAUUUACUAGUCGAAAAAAUUUUUUGUCAAAUGCAUAUAAAAAAGGAGAUUAUUUAAAAAAUCCAGCUGCGAUGAACCAAACAGUAAAUCCAAUGACAGAUCCAGCAGGAAUGGAAAUGAUGAUGGAAGGAAUGAAAAAAAAUUUUUUAAUGAUAAUACCUCAAACUAUUAUUAUGGGUUGGAUUAACUUUUUUUUUUCAGGAUUCGUUUUAAUUAAAUUACCUUUUCCUCUUACUCUCCGGUUCAAAUCUAUGCUACAACGUGGGGUAGAAACACCUGAUAUGGAUGUUACUUGGGUUUCAUCUUUGUCAUGGUACUUUCUUAACCUUUUUGGAUUAAGAAGUAUAUUUACAUUACUUUUGGGUGAAGAUAAUGCAGCAGAUGAAAGAGAAAAUCUUUUGUUAACGCCACAUGAUUGGGAAUUGGGAGAUGUAGAGCACAGAUUACUUGUACAAUACGGUAAAAGGAAGCCAAAACCUGUUUCUGAUACAGUUGAGAUAAGUGAUUCUGAUGAAAAAAGUACAGGAUCAUCAUCAGAAAAUAAAG